CUAAUUUCUUUUUAUUUUUCUUUUCUUUUUGUGAAGCAUCAAUUGGCUAAUUUCUUACUUGGCCACAACGUUUCGGGAAUUCCCCUCAAUGUAAUAUCUAAAUAUUUGGGUUUAAAGAAUCGAUUCCAGUGAAAUACUAAAACCCUCCACCAAACACGUUCAGACUGGUGAUCAAGACUCUAAAUUUCAAUCUCACACCUCCAAAACCUCAUCAAUGGCGGAGGACAUUGAAGCGGCAGGAAUGAUUUCUGAGCGAUCAAGAAAACGCAAGAAACUCGAACCGAUUCAUAAGCUUCUUCCAAACGAAAAAGUGGAAGUAAGGAGUAUUGAAGAAGGAUUUGAAGGCUCUUGGCACUGUGCAACUGUAAUCGAUAGUAAAAACCAGAUUCGUGUGGUCAAGUAUGAUCACAUUACACAUGAUGAUGAUUCUGAUAACCUUGUUGAUUCCAUUCCAGCUUCUUUUCCAGUGAAUCACAAACUCCCACCUGACAGGAAUACAUCAAAGUUUCAUAAGAAUCGUGGCAGAAUAAGGCCAGUGCCUCCUCGGUUUAAGUGUAAUUUGAAUUGCCUCCAUUAUGGACAAUGUGUGGAUGUGUUUCAUGAAGAUGCAUGGUGGGAAGGUGUUGUUCUUGACCAUGAUGAUGGAUCUGAUGAACGCCUGGUUUUCUUUCCAGAUGUUGGUGAUGAGCUUAGAGCUAAAAUUGAGAAUUUACGGUUUACUCGGGACUGGAAUCCAGAAACUGAUAAAUGGAAGCUUCGUGGGAAUUGGGUAUUCCUUGAAGUUCUUGAGGAACUGGAAUCGGAAUGGCCGAUUCUUGUUUCUGUCAAACAGAUUUGGUAUGAAUUGAGAAUGAAGAAGAAGUUUUUGAGAGAAAUGAAGGAGUGGACUUGUCAGAUAAGGGAAGUCUGGAAAGAGACUGUUAAAGAGGUUAUUGUAGAUAAUUUGAAGUUGACAAUGGUGGAGUUUUUCAGUAGGUUACAGCGUGAAGGCCAUGGAAUCUUGAAUAUAAACAAAAAAAUUCUUGAUUUUAUUCCAAAGAUCAAACCAUCUUUCUUUGAAUCUCUUCCGGCUAUACCCUCUGAACACGAGCUUGAUAAUGAUGUUGAUGAUGAUGAUAAUGAUGAUGAUGGUGAUGAUGAUGAUGAUGAUGAUGAUGACAUGGGUCCUCCUGGAUUUUCAAAUGUACAUUCGAAUCAAGACAUGAUCAUGAGUACUAAACCUGAAAAUAUUUAUGAAUGGACAAAAGUAAACGACUGUUGUUUUGCUGAACCUGGUUUAGCUGUUGAAUCCGAGUGUUGUCCUGAUUCAAUCUUUGAGUACAAUGAGUUCAAACGUGUUUCUCACAAGCCUUCAGCAGCAUUAACUUCAAAAGUAAGGAAACAUUUAUCGUUUUUAGGUUGGACAAUUGAGAUCAAGAAAGAUCAAGCAAGCUCAAUAAAGAAAGAUAGUGUUAGAUACCGUUACACUACCCCUAAAGGACACCGGUUCAUGUCACUUUCUAUUGCUUGUGAUGCUAUAUGUUCAGGUGCACUUGCAUCUGAAAAUUCUUCCCUUCAGCCAUAUACACCGCCUCCUCGACCACCACUAGUGGUGGUUGAACCCGAAUACUGUCCACAGGCUGUGGCUGACUAUUAUUCCAUGACAUUAGAAAAAUCUGGUAUUUGGAGGAGGAAACGUGAACAGCUUAAUGAUAUGCAAUAUAAAGCAAAGAAACAUUUGUUUGCAGUUGGAUGGACAUAUUCGUAUGCUGAUGAUAUGUCUAGAAAGGUUUUGUACACUUCACCAAAUGGGAAAAAGUUUUAUUCUUUUCGCGAAGCAUGUAACCAGUAUCUAUUGGAGAGUUUUUGUAGUGGGCCCAUGAAAAAUGUUGAAAAAGAUGAAGGAGAAGAAAGAGAAAAAGGAAAAGAGCAAGUUAUAGGGAAGCUUGUAAUCAAGAAAAAAGACGGUGUUUUGUGCAUCGAAGCAGCAGCACCUACACGAGUACCAAGGGCAAAAGCGUCUUUCUUGAAUUUAGAUGAAGAAAAUCAAGAAACGGGAAAAUCUUCAACAAAAAACCGUGUGUUAAGGUCAAGCAAGCGGGCCCGCAAAGAGAUUUCACCAACACACAAAACCCCACGAACCGUUUUGUCUUGGUUGAUGGAUAAUAAUGUCAUUUUAUCAAGAUCCAAAGUAUAUUACCUUAAUAGGAAAGAUGGGAGUAUAAUGAAAGAAGGGUGGCUAACGAUUGAUGGGAUAACAUGUAGUUGUUGUGAAACGGUUUUUAGUCCUUCUAAAUUUGAGUUGCAUUCUGGAAGUACUUUAAGACGACCUUCUGCUAACAUUUUUCUUGAAGAUGGUAGGUCUUUAUUAGAUUGUCAAAUUCAACUCAAACGUGAUCAAAAUGCAAGAUUGUGCAAAUCUGAACCCAAGAAAUUGAAGGGUAAUCGGCGUCCAAUAAUAAAUGACAAUGAUUAUAUUUGUUCUGUUUGUCAUUAUGGUGGGGAGUUGGUUUUAUGUGACAAAUGUCCAUCUUCUUUUCACACACAUUGCCUAGGAUUAAAGGAGGUCCCUGAUGGUGAUUGGUUCUGCCCUUCAUGUCGUUGUCGAAUUUGUGAUGAAAAUAAAUUCAGUGAUGCUUGUGAAGAAAAUACGGAUAGUAAUGUUCUAAGUUGUGAACAGUGUGAAAGAAGAUAUCAUAUAGGGUGCUUAAAAAGGAAAGAAGGUUUCUUGAAGCUAGAAAGCUACCCUCAAGUAAAUUGGUUUUGUACUUUGAGAUGUGAAGAGAUAUUUAUGGGGAUUAACAAGCUUUUGGGAAAGCCGAUUCCAGUUGGGAGAGAUGAUUUGACAUGGACAAUAUUGAAACACAAGAAACCUGAUGAAACCUUAAAUAUGGAGGAAAUAACUGAGAGUUACAGCAAGCUGAAUAUCGCCAUUAGUGUGAUGCAUGAGUGUUUUGAGCCUGUUAAAGAACCUCGCACCCAAAGAGAUAUAGUUGAAGAUGUUGUUUUUGGUAGAUGGUCAGAGCUAAACCGUUUGAAUUUCAAAGGAUUCUAUACUGUUCUUUUGGAGAAAGAUGAUGAGCUUGUUUCAGCAGCUACAAUAAGGAUUUAUGGAGAGAAAGUAGCUGAAAUCCCGCUUGUUGGCACACGAUUCCGAUUCCGUAGGCGUGGAAUGUGUCAUGCUCUUAUGAAUGAGCUUGAAAAGAAACUGGUGGAAUUAGGAGUGGAAAGACUAGUUUUGCCAGCUGUCCCGAGUGUGCUACACACUUGGACAUCAUCAUUUGGGUUCUCCAUAAUGACAGAAUCAGAGAAAUUGGAGUUUUUAGGCUACACUUUUCUUGAUUUUCAAGGCACACAAAUGUGUCAAAAACGUUUAGUGAAGGCUCCACCCUCUGCAGAGUCAAGCAUAUCAAGAGAGAAUAAUCAUGAGACUGUUAAUGGAAGCAAUGGUGUAGAUUUGGAUGGAGUCAGUGCUGUUUCUGAAGUGUCUCAAGCAGAAAAAGUUGAGGAAAGUGGGAUGAUGAUGAUCGAUCAACAUUCUUUAAAGGCUGAUGAUGGAAACCAGGACAACAAUGGCAAUGGAUCAGCUCCACCUGAAAUCUUGGAAAAGCAAGCAGCUCAUGUUGAAUGUGAAAGUGAAAUAAGCAUGGAGUAUUCCAUGGAAGCAUCAAACUCCAAGGAAGAGGACAACAAUGACAAUAACAGCCAUCUGAAAUGCUAUCAAAGAAGGAAAGUCAUUUGCGGAAGUUGA